CUCAACCAGGAAGCGAUGUGGCAGAAUUACCAAACACUACAGCGGACAACAUUUGCGAUAUAACUGCGAGUUUACAGCCGGAGAAAAACCUCUAUUACUGCUUAGUAUGGAGGUUUUUUUUAUCGUCUCACCACCGGACUAUAUCUGAUAUCAAUGUGCUGCUUCUUAACGGUUUUCCAGUAUCUUCAAGUUGCUCAACACCGUUGUUGACACAUGGCUAAAGUUCAUCUGUGCUGCUAACAACAUGGAGGUAACGGAGGUAGAGAAGUGUUGCUGUGUGGUCAAGGUGUCAGAGGCUUAUUCCCCAAAGAAACCUGUGAGCUGCAGCGGAGUCAUCAUCCAUGCUCACACUGGGACAGUGUUAUGCCCUGGUCUCCCGUUUUCCCGUUUUAUCACCGACACAGAACCCCCCUCUGCCGACCACAGGUUCCUGUCACCCCGCAGCUUCAGCGAGAAACUCAAAAUCCGCGUCAGCUUUUCUACCGGGCGAGACCUGGACAGCGGCCAGUCGGCCCGUGGAGAAGCCUCCUCACCCUCCAGAAGCAGAACAACACGUCACAGAGAGGUUUCAGCCGAGUUGCUGAUGCUGGUGAACUGCCUGGAGUUCAGACAGGCUUUCCAGGCGGUUUUCGAGGAGGCUGACCAGUGGCGUUUCCCUGCAGAUGAAGAGGGUGAGGAGCUGAUCAGAGAUGCCCAGUUCCUCAGCUGGUUCGCUGUGCUCAAGAUGGCAGACAGCUGGCCCAGUUCAGGGACUAGUAUACCCUGGCAGAGCAGCCAGUCUCUCCAAAAAGGCUGCCCUGUCGUGGCAUGUGGCUCGCCCUUUGGCUCCCUCUGCUUAGAUCUCUUCAUCAGCACCCUCAGCAGGGGUAUCAUCAGUAACCUUGCAGGAGAGGACAACGCUGUCAUCCUCACAGAUGCCCGGUGCUUGCCAGGCACCGAGGGUGGGGGGUUGUUUGCGGUGAAAGGCGCGGACCGCGUGCGUCUCAUUGGACUGAUCGUGUCACCCUUUGGAUGGAAGGCCAACGAGUGGAUAGGCCUCACUCUCGUCUGCUCCAUCCACUCCAUCUUCAGGAGCAUCAUCGGCUGCAUGGGCAGUCAAGAUCCACUCCGAGAUGUUUGGCUCCAUCCAGAAGAGGCAGGCCUCCACAUGUCUGCCACAGCCCACGAGACAAAAGCCGUCAAAUACCCCACCGUGUGCCUUGUGGACAGUGGACAGUUCUGGGGCUCUGGGGUUGCUGUCGCCUCUCGGCUGGUUGUGACCUGCCGGCAUGUUGUCAACGGGAAAUCGAAGGUCAACCUGAGGUUCCAUCACCGGGACAGAGUCCGUGAUAUUGUGGGUGAUGUGCUGUUUUCCACCAAAGCCUCUUCACCCUACGAUAUGGCUUUGUUGCAGUUGAGAGGCUCCCCCACAGAGGCUGUGGUCCCUCGAAUGGCUCAACGUUUCAAUCCAGGUGAUUCUGUAGUUGUGGUGGGUUAUGGUGGGUUGGGUCGGAGCUGUGGCCCCUCCGUGACCUGCGGUGUCCUCUCUAAAACUAUUAGAUUGAGUGACAACCCUGUCAUGCUUCAGACCACUUGUGCAGUACAGGCAGGGACCAGUGGGGGCGCUGUGGUGCGGAGAUCCUCAGGAGAGCUGCUGGGUAUUGUGUCCAGCAACACAAAGGACUUUGCUACCAAUGUGACCUACCCACACCUCAACUUUAGCAUCCCAGUGACUGUUUUCCAGGAACUGUUGCAGCGCUUUCACCAGACAAAGGAUGUCAAUGUGUUCAAGGUGUUGGACACCACAGAAGAAGAAGUCAGAAGGGUGUGGAGGCUACAAGCUGGUCAAAGCAAACUAUAAUAGAGGACCACUGCACCUUCAAAUCCACUUGAUUAAAAGAUGUACCGGUAAUAUGGAUUUGAUGUAAAUCACAUCAGACGACUAAUUUGAUAUUAUGUGUAAUUUUUUAAAAACAAAACAGGCGUUUUAAAAUGUAUAACUUCAUAUGUUUCAUAAGUCAGUUUGUUACACAGACACAAAGCCACAUAUAUGCAAUGCAUGCGGCUAAAACAACAAUCAUUAAUUCUUAAUGUUUGCAUCCGGAGUCAUGCAGUAUAUAGUGUGAAAUAUUUAUAAGACCACAAACAAGUUAAUGUUACUUUGGUUCCUAUGGAGACUGUAUACAUGUACUAUAAUGCCCUUGAAUUAAUAAAAUAGUUUAUUCUGGUGACACUUCAA